AUGGUUCUGCUUUCUGCCUACCGUCCCACAGCUGGCCACAUCCUCCGGCUGGGCCCUGGCCUGUACCUGGCAUCAUCACACUACUAUGAAGGGGGUGGAGAGGGAGGGCACCGAGUGGGUGCCAAGGAGUCCUAUUUCCCGCACGCGGCUCCUAGCCCCGUGGUUCCCCACAAACCCCCUCCGGGUCCUCGCCAGCCUCGGCGGCCGCGCGGCUUCGGCGUGACUGCGCCCCCGUCGGGCGGGAGGGGCUCUGCGGCCCGGCCCCCUCUCCGCCCCCCGGGGGCAGCACGUGUGGGGCGGGGCUGUGGUCCGAACCCGGGGCUGAUUGGGCAAGGGCCUGGUGGGCGGGGCCGGGCCGCAGCUGUCAGAGCGGCGGCGGCGGCGACCGCGGCGCAUCGGGCUGAAACGGUGGCAGCGCCGCAGCCGGGGCCGGAGCGCAGGAGCCGACGGGGCCCGGCCGGGAUGGUGCAGCGGCGGCUCCUCGGCGCACACACGCACUGA